UGUGACUUCAUUCAGAGGACAAAGUCUCAUGCAUGACCCGAGCAGCAGCAGCAGCAGCAGCAGCAAGAGAAGACACACAGUCCUGUUGGAAGACAGACAGAGAGAUUUAAACUCCGUUCACUGCAGCUCAGAGGACAUGGCUGAGAAGAAAGCCGUCUUGUUGAACUUCUGGGGAGUGGCUGUCUCUUCCAGACCUCAUGCUGUUUUCCACAAGAUGGAGGAGUUACAUAAUCUGCCAGGUGGUUUUCUCUCCAGUGUGGUGUCCCAAAAGGACAGCGCCAUGAGCCAGGCGGACAGAGGCGAGAUGACGCUGUCUCAGAUGAUCCCAGUGUUCGAGGCCGAGUGUGUGAAGGAGGCCCAGGUCAGGGCUGUGACUCUGCCGUCUGAUUGGUCGGUCGGUCACCUGCUGGAGGAGCUCAGAGGGGCCAUGAUGGAAGUCCAACCAGCCGUGCUGAAGGCAGCUGCCAGCCUGCGUCACAGUGGGUUACUGACAGCUGUGCUGGCCAAUCACUGGCUGGAUGACAGCGCGUCCGGAGACACUGCAGCCCGCCUUCUCGCUCUGCUGGGCGGCCAUUUUGACCUGGUCCUCCAGUCCUGUCGCUCAGGUCACAGGGUCCCCGAGCCCGCCAUGUUCAGCUCGGCUCUGCAGCACCUGGGUGUGACGUCACAACAGGCUCUGUGGCUGGAUGCAGAUGAGGAAGGUGUGAAGGCAGCAGAAGGAGCAGGGAUGAAGGCCAUCUUAGUGGAAAACCUCGACGACGCUCUGCACAGACUGGGCAGCUUCACUGGAGUUCAGGCUGUUGGCACACAGAGUCCUCCACCAGCCUGCAGCCCUGAUGAGGUGUCUCAUGGAUACGUCACCAUCAGGCCUGGUGUGACGACUCAUUAUGUUGAGAUGGGCUCAGGUCCACCAGUUCUGCUGUGUCACGGCUUCCCUGAGAGCUGGUACUCCUGGAGGUAUCAGAUUCCAGCUGUGGCAGCAGCUGGGUUCAGGGUGUUGGCUCUGGACAUGAAGGGCUAUGGAGAGUCCACAGCGCCCCCAGACAUACAGGAAUAUUCUCAGGAGCAGCUUUGCAAGGAUUUAAUCACUUUUAUGGACAAAAUGUCGAUACCACAGGUCACCCUGGUGGGUCAUGACUGGGGCGGCAUGUUGGUGUGGGUCAUGGCUCAGUAUUACCCUGAGAGAGUCAGGGCUGUGGCGUCUCUGAACACUCCUCUGUUCCCCGUCGAUCCUUCUGUCACUCCUGCAGAGAAACUCAAGUCUGUUCCCAUAUUUGACUACCAGCUCUACUUCCAGAAACCUGGUGUAGCAGAGGCCGAACUGGAGAAAGACCUGGAGAGAACAUUCAAGAUUUUCUUUUUCAGCAGUGAUGAAGCAGCGACGCGUCCUCCGAUCAGCACUGCAGGAGUCUGUGCUCGAGGAGGUCUGUUUGUGGGUCUGCCGGAGCAGAUUCCCCGGAGCUCCAUGCUGACGGAGGCCGAGCUGCAGUACUACGUCAGCCAGUACAAAGAGCGAGGCUUCAGGAGGCCGUUGAACUGGUAUCGGAACAGGGAGGCGAACUGGAAGUGGAUGUGUUCUCGUCCCACUGGAAAGCUGCUGAUACCUGCUCUGAUGGUGACAGCAGGUAAAGACCAGGUCCUGCUGCCGGCCUUCUCCAAGGGAAUGGAGGACUUGAUCCUGAACCUGAGCAGAGGACACAUCGAGGACUGUGGACACUGGACGCAGAUGGAAAGACCAGCUGAGACUAACAGCAUCCUGAUAUCAUGGCUUCAAGAAACACACGAGAAGACUGGAGGUGUUACCGUGACCCCCAAACUGUGAGGGAGGGAGGAGAGAGGGAAGAAGGGUGUCAGGGAGGAAGGAUAAAAUGAAACUUUGUUUGGAUUAGAGCAAAAUAAAAAGUUCAUCUUGUGUCAUGAACUGAAACAGCUGAGAAGAAAUCAGAAUAAAAGUCGAUCACUUCAAAUA